AUGGAACCCGCACCUUCUCCCUACACCGCUUACCGUCGCUCACAGCGUAGCAAUGCUGGUGUGCGCAGUGACGAAGAGGACAUGGUGUAUUACGGGCAGGGCACAAGAUCCCCACGGCCUUCUGACAGGGCGGGUCGCGCACCAUCACCCCGUGAGGACACGCCGGAGCGCGAGGUGUCGGCGUCUGACACCGAAUAUCUGCCCUGGGCUGACCGCAUCGACGUCGAGGACGGCAGUGGGAACGACGAGACAGACGCCGAAGACAACGAGGAGCAUAAUGCGCCUGUUGACGAGGAGGCCGAAGGUACGUGUUGCCAGCGCGGUGCUACUGUGCGCCGGCCCCAGCGCGCAAUGUCGAGAGUUGUGGCGGCAUCUACGCCUAACACCACAACUCCUCGUCGCCCGAGCGGCUGUGGACCUAGCGCCUCCAGCGCCCGUGCAAGCGGCGCCACGGCUGUCGGUAACGCGACACCUGGUCCUGUAAACGCUGCAAUGGCGGCACGGGCGACGCAGCAGGAGCGUAUGAUCCUAUCCCUCAACCAGAGGAUUCAUCGCCUCGAGGGGAUGGGCGAUGCCGCGAUGCGCCCUGAAAUCGCGCGCCUCACUGCUGCGCGUGAGCGGCGCGGAAGAGCGAACGCGGGCGACGCAUCAGGGGCAACGCGUAGGCGUAUUGACGCCGCAAGCGGGCACGCUAAUGGCGGCGCCCGUACUACCAAUCGCUCGCCAAUGGGCGAAGCAGCCCUCGAGCGUGAGUUGCGCCAGGCGGAGACCGAUGGUGUCGUUACUGAAGGGAUGGACGAGUGGGCCGACCGUAUGGAGAUGGGGAAUAAGCUUCUCCCCAAGCUCGAAGAUGGCUUCAAGGGCGUUACCGAGGACGCCAUCACCAUCCUGGUCUACGACACGUCGGUCCGCAUCAUGAACUUCUGGGUCACCCCGGAGCUGGCCGAAAAAUGCGUGGCGCGUGCGCUGCGCUUGACUAACCCAGACCUCUUUGUGCUUUUGCACAUGGUGUGGGGAGUGGACGCCAAGAGGAGUGGAUGGUUUACGCGUCAGAUGCAAGUGUGGCGCGUGUCGAAGUGGGAACAGGGAAGGGCAUUCGUCAACAUCCUUCACGGCCUUCCCUACCGCAUGCGGGCCAACCCGCGUGUCAGGCUGCCGGUCCGCCCUAGCACGGAGGACGUGCCGCGCAUCUCCCGCAAGGAGUUCUUGGUGCAGUUCAAGGCUGGCCCAGGGUCGAUGGAGCUGAUGCCCUGGCACCGUGAUGCGGCGGGAAUGCCGUUUGCGAUCGAGAUAUUCGAGCGCGCGUUCUACGCAUCGUUCCGUCGUCCCAUUGCGCCACAGUUGGUCGCCAAGACUUAUGUUCUCGCGUUCUGGCUCUUCGGCGUGAGUGGAGAUGCCAAUUGUGACGGGAAGCACGCUCACCCGCAGGGCUCCGCGAAACGAAGAAGGUGUUCGCUGGUACCACGAGCGAGUGCGGCUCUGGAUUCGCCAGAUGAUUUUGCGUCGCACGCCCCCAGCAGGGCCCGUUCUGUGACGCGGAAAGGCGUGCCUGGGGCUUUCGCCGCGACGGCUUGA